GGGGUCCGCCUCUUUUCUCUCGCUCCCCUCCCCAACUUCCCUCCUUCAUCACCCAUGCAUACUGCGUCGGAUUGAUUUUUGACGUGAUUUCUUCAAUUUGAUCUGCUCUCCGUGGCAGUCUUUCUUCCGAGGUGGCUAGACGGUUGCCCGGCUGCCAGCCAUUUGAACCUUCCCCCACCUAGUGUCCACACUGUGUUUUGACCGCUACUAUAUAACGUCUCGUUCCUUUAAAUUCAUCAGUAAUCUCCGGCCGUUUCAUCACCGUCUUUUGAGGUUACAGAUCUUCUCCUUUUCCUUCCCCUGUCUGGAGUCUCUUGCUGUGUCUCCUUCAGAGUUGUUACACCUCUUCAACCUUUUCCAUUGCCCCCCGCCAACAUGUCUGCGUCACCUCGCAAGCCUGGGACGCCAGCUCAUUCCAGGUCCUCGACCGCAGAAAACCAUCCCGUUAAUGGCUCUUCCCCUCGAACCCAUUCACGAUCUCCAAGUGCAACGACCAACGGUGUAUCUCGCACUCCAUCCGUCCGUGGCUCGACCCCGGUCUCUGCGCGUGCUGCGGCCAGAAAGCCAACUCGCUCCUCCAACCUCAGCAUGUCGAGUGUCCCCAAAGUUGCAAACGAUCCGUCCGAGGAAGAGGCGCGAGCGCAAAAUGCUGCCCUUAUCGAAGAAUUGAGAGAACAAUUGCAGAAGGCAGAGACCGCCUCGGAGCAAUAUCGCAAGCAGCUCGGAGUUCUGCAGAUGCGGCUCGACGAGGCGGUCAGCGAACAGGGCAAGCUGGAAGACCAGGCCCAUGAGAAAGAUGGCAGAUUCGAAGCAUUGAACGGUGAAAUUCGUGAGCAUGUUCGCCAAAUCCGUGAUUUGGAGCAGACGCAUGAAAUGGAGCGGAAUGCCAUGCUGCAAGAGAAAGAACAGCAGGCCAGCCGUGAAGAAGAGAUGCAGGCAACCAUCCAGCGUCUCAAAGAAACAGUCGCCCAGAAAGACAUGCGGAUCAACGCUGAUAGCGACAAGAACGUUUCUCGCUCUUCGAGCUUCCGUAACAGAUCUUCCCCCGAUGUGGAUGGGCAAUUCGCGCCCUCCUCCCAGAUUGAGCGAAGCCCUUCGCGCAACAAUUCAACGCUGCUCUUGCAGAAAGACAAGCUAAUUGAGUCCCUCAGACUUGAGCUGGCUGAGUCUCAGAUCAAACUCGUGGAGAUGGAGAACAAGGGAGGCGGCCGCCAACGCGAACUCGAGAAGGAGCUCCUGGAAGCUCGCAUGGCAAAUGCUCGCUUGAUGGAAGACAACGAGAGUUAUCAGUUGCUUCUCAGCGAGCGAACUCUCAAUGGCGACUUUCACAAGGGUGAUUUUAUGCGCGAAGCCCAUCCUGACGCCGCCGAAACCAAGGAGCCCAGCAAUGGCUUGGGUUCGUUGGCUGAUGAACUCGAAUCGGUCGACGAGAGAGUUGAAACAGACAACACGCGCAAGUACGAAGCAGAAAUCAAGGCCCUCAAAGAUCAGAACAAAGCUUUGACUCUCUACAUUGAGCGCAUCAUCAGUCGUCUGCUUCAGCACGAAGGCUUUGAGACUAUCUUGGACAAGAAUGAAAACGAAACCCCAGCUACCUCCAAGCCGGGAACUGCAAGCAGUGACAAGGAUCUUCCGCCAACGCCUCCCGAAAAGGAUGAUAGCCAGACAUUCCUGCAGAGGGCCAAGUCCGUCGUCUCGGGUCAAAACAAUCGGCCUCUGCCCCAGCCGGCUGUGCCUCAGCCGGCUCUGUCUCAGCCGAGAUCGCGCCCAGUUAGCUACAUGCCCCCGGCAUCUCUCAGCUCGACCCAUGAAAAUCCCGAAACCGCCCCCAGCAUUCCCAUCAAUCGUGCUCAAUCCGUGCGGUCUGGCCACCGCAGAGCCCGCUCAGACCAAGCGGAUGUGGCAGCUGCAGCAGUUGUGGGGCAGAUGUAUCGUGGUCGCAACUCAGGUGGCCCUAUCAGCCCUACGAUUAUGGGACCUGGAUCUCGCCAAAGCGCCUUCUCCGGGGCUAGCUACAUGUCAAGCAUGAGCGCUGGUGGUCGUGCCCCGUCCCUGUCUAGUCAACCCGACCAGGGUAGACUUAGCAGUUCCGGUAGUGUCACCAGUGAUCUCCACGGCGAAACUGCGUCUACAGGUGCAACCUCAAGCUCACCACGUUCGAGCAGUGGAAUGACGAAUUACACCGGGGCAGUCAUGACCCAGAGUAAACUGCGCCCGCUGCGACUGGUCAGUGAAGCCUCGAAGUUGGCCGAAGAAGAAGAAGCCGCUCGCAAAAAGGCGAACCGUGGAAGCUGGAUUCCAUGGUUCAAUAAUAACAACGCCCGCCCAAGCUCCAGUGAAGCCGCUCAGGGUUAAGUCUUUUUUGGUUUCUGUUCUCCUUUCUUUUUGUUUUCUCCAUCUUGUGUUUGAUAUGACCUACCUUUUCUGUAAGAUUGACUCUCACUUGAUGUACCGUCUGACCUUCCCUGAGGGCUUGGUUUUGGGCGGUCACAGGUUACCUUCUUAUCUUUAUGUUGCAAUACCCUUUGUUUUCGAUGUCAUGAUGGUGAUGAGCUACUGUGUGAUUCCUUCCGACAACCAGCAGAAGGACAUAUAACUGCCUAUGUUCGAGAUGCCAUGGGGUCUGCUUUGGAUUAUUUUCGUGUUGGCCAUCUUGACUGUUAUUUAUGGACUCUCCUUUCCUGGAUAUAUUCUUCCCCAGUUGCAUGAUUAUUUUAAGGAGAAGGAUUGAGAUGAUCAUACCCCACUUUCUUUGACGAACAUACGAGUUAUAUAUCAGGACCCCCUUGAUAGAUUUAAGGCAUUUGUAAAGAUAAUUAAUGAAUAUUUUAAAUUGAACUGAAUGGCUCU